AUGGCGUCCUUCUUCAACCUCUUCAAGCGCCGCAAGGUGCCUCUGGCCUGCGUCAUGUCUCUCGACCAGGGCCACGUGCACACGCAAGCGUGCUUCGUCGAGAUCAUGCCGUUGUCGGUGGUCGAGCUGUUCCAGUCGCAAGGAUGCCAGUCUUGCCCACCGGCGCUGCCCCUGAUCCACGACGCGACGAACAACCCCAACCUCUUGCUCCUCACCUUCGACGUGACCUACUGGAACCCGUCGAGCGGGUGGGAGGACACGUUUGGCUCGUCCCAGUGGGACGCGCGACAGCGACAGUACGUCACGAAAUGGGGCCGCAACGGCCUCUUCACCCCGCAAAUCGUCGUCGACGGCUUGUCCGACGGCAUCGGCUCGACCCGGGACGAGGUCAACAACAUCAUCGCGCAGGCCAUGGAGAAACGGAACGGCAUUACUUGGGCCCUCGGUAUCGAUCGCAUUGGAAACGAGCUCAGACUCGCCUCGGAGAUCCCGGAGGCAGACAUGGUGUACGACGUCUUGGUCGUCACAUACGACCCCGAGGUGCAGACGGUCAAGGUCGGGAAAGGCCCUAACAAGGGCAAAAAGGUCCCGCAUCGCAACGUCGUGAAGGAGAUUGCCAAGAUUGGUGAGUGGAAGGGCGGCAUCGAGUCUAUCGCGCUUCCUCAAUUUAGGAGAGAUGGCUUUGAGAGGGUUGCUUUGGUGCAAGGAGGCAUGGGAGGGCCUAUCCUUGCUGCUCUGAAGUUGUAG